UGCAAAUUCAGUCUCUCUCUCUCUCUCUCUCUCUAUCACAACACUCAACCCACUGUCUCUCACUUUCUCUGUUUCUCUUCUCAUUCUAUCAACUCUCUGCGACCAGCUUCUCUCACACUCCAUAUAUAUACACAUUGUAGCACCAGAGCACCUUCAAGAUUUUUCAUUGUUGAUGAUUUACUCACUUUUAUGAGCUUUUGCCUUCCAGUUUGUGAGCACCCGAACCGAACUGAAGUGUGAAAGGAAAUGAGCCAAAGUUCAGUGGACCCUUCAUAGCUCCGCCCCUGCGCAGGAGGAAGGACCCACGAUUUUUUUAAUCUGCGUGUAUCAUCCGAGGUUGUCGACCCCAUUGUACAUGGCACAACUCUAAUUGAAAAGGCAUCACUUUCAUUUUUGAAACUCCACUCAAGGUUCUUUUUCAAGAACUUCGAUAGGGUCAUUGAGAAACCGAAAGUCUUUGCAUUGCUUCAAUUCAUUACCUGUAUUCACAGUGAAUGAUUUAACCAGUUGCAUGAUUUGGGGAAUAUUCCUGAUAUGAUUAUAUGGCAUGUAGAAAGAAUUGGGUGAAAAAGAGGUUGAUUGGUGAAAGAUUAGCAGUGUCUAAGAUGGCUGGAUAUGAAGGAAUGGCGACAAGUUCUGAGGUGAAAUCGGGUAAAAUGAUAUUCGAGCCAAUUCUAGAGGAAGGAGUUUUUCGUUUCGAUUGUUCUGCGGAUGAUAGAAAUACUGCAUUCCCGAGCAUUUCUUUUAAGAAUUCAAAAGAGAGGGAGACGCCAAUUAUGAAUGUUCAUAAAAUUCCAACAUACAAUCCCACAUUUGAAUGUUUUAUGGGACAACAGAUAGUUAAUAUUGAGUUCCCGUCUGGUACCUCUUUUUAUGGAACUGGAGAAGUUAGUGGGCAGCUGGAGCGGACGGGGAAGAGAAUUUUUACUUGGAACACCGGGAGCUAUGGUACGGGAACAACUCCCUUGUAUCAAUCCCAUCCUUGGGUUCUAGCAGUUCUCCCUGAUGGAGAAGCAUUAGGGGUUCUUGCGGAUACUACACAACGAUGUGAGGUUGACUUGAGGAGGGAAUCAAAUAUAAAGAUCAUUGCUCCAUUAUCAUAUCCAUUGAUCACAUUUGGUCCGUUUGCUUCACCAACAGAUGUUCUUAUGUAUUUUGCCCGGGCUGUUGGUAAUUAUCGAUAAUCACACUUUUCAUUUUCUGGUCCUCCUAAAUAUUUUUGAUGUCUCUUCUUAAAUGACAAACUGCCAACUUAUUAUUUAGCUUAGAAUUCCUUUUCAGCAUUUCCUUCUAGGAUAUUUAUUUCCUAAAACAAACUUCUGAAGACUUAUACUAUAAACCGGUUUAAUCAAUUUUGAUAAUUGUUGUCCCAACAAAUUUGUUCCCCUGGUGUCGUGCAGAUUCUUAAAGUAAGUGACGUAUAAAUAUUAGAUUCUGUCAUUUGAGAACAAGAAUGGCAAUAUCAGAUA